AUGGGGACGACUGACGACAAAGUGCUUGACGCCGGCGUGUGUGCUGAGGGCGUGGACGAGAAAAAUGGUAAUGCGGGCGAUCGUCUCGACAUGUACCGCAUGGGCAAAGCCCAAGAGAUGAGGAGAAACUUUCGCUUUCUGUCCAUCCUGGGCUUUUCCAUGAUUCUCAUGGCCUCGUGGGAAUUUAGCUUGAGUGUCGCCACCAUUGGUCUCGUCAACGGAGGUACUGCCGGUCUCAUCUGGAUGUUCUUCGUCUGCUGGAUGGGCUUCUUUGUGGUCAACACGUCCAUGGCCGAGAUGGCAUCCAUGGCACCCACCUCUGGCGGCCAGUACCACUGGGUGUCCGAGUUCGCGCCUCCCAAGCACCAGAAGCUGCUCAGCUACCUCAUCGGGUGGAUGUGCGUCCUCGGAUGGCAGACGUCGUGCGCCUCGUCGGCUUUUAUCGCCGGCACGCAGAUCCAGGGCCUGCUCGUGCUCAACAGACCCGACUACGUCCCGCAGCCCUGGCACGGCACGCUGCUCGCUGUCGCCGUCGCUGCCUUCUCCGUGCUCUUCAACACGCUGCUCGCGCGCAAGCUGCCCCUCGUCGAGGCCCUCGUGCUCAUCAUCCACGUCUUUGGCUUCUUUGGCAUACUCGUCGCGCUCUGGGUGCUGUCGCCGCGCGCCGACGCCGCCGCCGUUUUUACCGAGUUCAGCGACGGCGGUGGCUGGGGCAGUCUCGGCGGCUCGGCGCUUGUUGGCAUCCUCGCGGGCGUGCUCCCGCUGCUCGGCGCGGACGCGGCGGUGCACAUGUCGGAGGAGCUGCGCGACGCCGGCCGCACACUGCCGCGGUCCAUGAUCAUGACGACCAUCUUCAACGGUGCGUUUGGCUGGAUCAUGGUCAUUACGCUGUGCUUCUGCAUCGGCGACCUCGAAGCUGUCGUGACCUCACCGACCGGCUUCCCCUUCAUGGCCGUCUUCCUCAACGCGACCGGCUCCGCGCGCAGCGCCACCGCCAUGUCCGUCUUCAUCGUCGCCAUGACCGUCUUCUCCAACCUGACCAUGGUCGCGACCGCCUCGCGCCAGCUCUUUGCGUUUGCGCGCGACCGCGCCGUGCCCUUUAGCCCAUGGUUUGCCAGCGUGCCCGCCGGCUGGGACGUGCCCAUUAACGCCAUCCUCACCACGUUCCUCAUCUCCAGCCUGCUCGCGCUCAUCAACAUUGGCUCCGCUGUCGCGCUCAACUCCAUCACAUCGCUGGCCACCACAUCCAUCCUGUCGAGCUACAUCGUGUCCAUCGGGUGCAUGAUCUGGCGCCGCGCAACCGGCAGUCCGCUGCUGCGCUCCAAGUUUAGCCUCGGCCGCUGGGGACUUGCCAUCAACAUUGCCUCGGAGGCGUUUCUGAUUGUCAUCUUUAUUCUGGCGUUUAUGCCACCAAACCCGAACCCGACGGCGGCGCAGAUGAACUGGAAUGUUGUGAUUUAUGGUGGCAUUGCAAUCUUUUCCGUCAUUUACUACUUUUUCCGUGGAACGCACCAGUAUGAGGGGCCGGUGGUUUAUGUCAGGACUCUUCCUCCAGAGACGGUCACGCCUUGA